AUGUCUGCCGUAUUUCGUAACAGUAGUAGGAAGAUACUUAUACCGACAAAGCCAAGGUCAUCAGCGCCAAGUUGUCGAUCCAAUCAUUCUGCAACACUGCGGUCAAUAAACGACUUAAUAAGUAAGACCUCGUCAACAUCUCAUGAGUAUUUAAAGGCUUGCAGUUCCCAGACUGCUACACAGCAGAUAAAGACGAAACCCUUGGUCGCCCAACUUUAUAACUACUCACAGAGCUUCCAGUAUGACUUGCUUUUGGAAGCAUUCCUUAAGUGGACGUCCACCGAGAUCGGCAUGAAUUCCUUAAGGAAGGAAUUGAGCCAGGAUCAGAUUUCAUACUUUCUUGGUAAGAUUGUCAAGCAUCAGAAAUAUUUAAUUCACGAGCAGGCCAACUUGAAUCAUUCGCAGUUGACCAUGAAUAGAGACAUGGAUUCCCUCAAAGAGUAUCGGUAUAGUAUAAGAGAGGUGUACAGCAGGCUCUUGUUUGGAAGCCAGUCCGAUGAGACUAUAUAUGAUAGAAGCAAGAGAAAGGACUUGUACAGAUCAGACAACUUAACUACGUACAAAUUGACCAAGAUGGAUUACGAGAACUUGAUAAUGCACGAGCUAUUCAAUAAGAAGCUUGACUUGGCGAGUAAAUGGUACAAGAGGUAUGAGCAGCAGUUUGUCAGUCCAGAGGAGACGUCCCUGACUGCAACAGAAGAAAGAAUUUCACAUCAGAUGUGGCUCGAUAAGUUCAAGGUGUACUCAUCUGGGCAACCAUACACAUGGGAGAUCCCGGAUUCGGACAUCUACGUGUUUAUACGCAAAGGUUACUGUAAGUUCAAGCACCUUAAGCAUUGGAAGGAGGUUUUGGAAGAAUACACCAACUAUUGCUACAACAACCCCAACAUCAAAAGUGCAGAGAUCCCGCUCUUGGACGACAAAUUUUGCCAAACGCUUAUAUAUUCAGCAGGUCAUCUGAAGAACACUGAUUUCAUAGUUCGAUUCAUUGAGGAAAUGUGGGGCAUAAAUGCACAAGGUGAGCUCAUCGAUUCGAGUGCGUAUCCAAUUUCUAGAGAUGACCCCAGGUUCCCCAAUUUGGAACUUUUGCAAGCUAUAUCCAUUGCAUUUUCAUACAACAGACUGUUCUACCAAGGAAUGACUUACAUAAAUGCAUUCCAAGAACAUUACGAAAGUUCCAGUUUCGACUUAUCGAGCAGGAAGGCUAUCCCAUUUUGGGGUUCUAUUAUAGACUGGGUGGAAAAGCUUUCUAGAUAUAAUGUAGAUAUGGCACUUAGGCACUACUUGAAAACAAAAUCUUUGGAUCAUUUGUUGAAGGAGAACACCAAAUCGCAAAGAAAACACAAGAUGGAGCAUGUUUCUAAGCUAGACCUUGCGAACGACGCCGAAUUUGAUCAAGAAGAUUUCAAUGAAUACAUUGAAGGUAUUAAGAGUGACAGAUUUAGGUCCUUGGAUUCCUUAUGGAAGCUUUACAGAACUUCAAAUACUCACUUUUCGACCAAGGCAUUCAGUUUAAAACUUAAAAUUCUAAAAGAAUUCAAAUUGGAGGAUGAAUUAUUCGAAUUCUUAAAAGCAACUAAUGAAGCUCAUGAAAGUUACAAGGCUCCAGAAGAUAUGUAUUUUGGUGAACCAAGUGAAGGUAAAGAAUUUUCACAGUAUUCCAAGCAUAUUUGCCUGCUUCAUUUAGAAGGUAUAAAAGCCAUAAUAGAAAUAAAGGGAGAAGGUGGGCUUUUAAAUCAGAUUGGUCCUUUAAUAGACGAGUGGGCAUUUGACCAGAAAAUGUCUAAGAUAUUGAGAAACUGGUACUCGAAGAAAGAACCUGGUUACAAGAUGGCUUUAGAAGAUAGAAGGCAGCAAAUUAUGGUUAAACAGAAGAGCGAGAAGUUUGAAGAUGAAGAUGAGGGUUUGUUGGACUUAUUCUAG